GCGCACAAUUUGAACCGAUUCUUUGCGGCUGGGUGUGUUUGUCUUUUAGCCUGUAUUUGGCGGGAAGGGAGCCGUUCCGGUAAUAAACCCGCCGGCUACAUGGCGCAGGAGCAGCAUCCGCUGUCUGGAACCCCGUGGAAAGAAACGCGUCUGGCUUUGAGACGAUUGGGCGAGUGCUUGAAGUGCUCCCUUUGUACUAACAUUCUGAAGAAACCUGUGAACCUAGGGAGUUGUGAACAUAUCUUCUGUCUAACUUGUGUAGGCAACUGUAUUGGCACAACUUGCCCAAUAUGUCAGGUGCCAAUCAUGAAACAGGAUGUGAAAAUAAACAGGAAACUGGACAACAUCACCAAACUCUAUAGCAAAUUGCAACCUCUGCAAGACAAGGAUUUCUCAGAUCGUGAAGAUAACUUGUCUGCUUUGGGAAAGAAAGUUGGAGAGGCAGAAGUUAAAAAGAAACAAAUCAAAAUGAGUUUCAGUCCUCACAGUAGGAAGAUGAAAUUCACCCUGAAGACAAGCCCAAAGAAAUUAGAGCAGCUGAAGCAAUCAGUCAAGGACAGUGGUUCUUGUAACUUAACCUCCAUCUAUGACUUUGUUUCUUCAUCUCCUCAUGAGAAGCCUUUCAGAGAGGAACAGACAUCUCAGCAGGAAUAUAAGAAGAAGCUAAAAAAAAAGACUUUAAAAGACUUCAGCAAACAGGGGAACACCUUCAAUGGCCAGCAGGAAAACUCCAGUGAAAGGUAUAAAGUAGGCCUAAAUGAAAGCAAAGAUCCAAUCCCCAGUUCUGGCUCAAAAAAUACCUCAGUGUUGAGGCUGAUAACCGGGACAGAGCUUGCAGACAAUGCAGGUGAACUCUCACCCAGGAAUGGUAGACCUGUGAAACCUAAAGAGAAGUGUAGCAAUUGCAGCUUCUCUCUUAUGCCUAACGUUUUUGGGGGAGAUCAGACUUCUGAAGAGUGGCUUUCCUUGGCAAAAGAAAUAACUCAGUUAAAGUGUGACAGGCAGUUUGCUGGCUCUCCCAUUUCUUUGCCUAAGUGUCACAAAACAAAAGAGGGGACUACCCAUCGGAAGUCACGAUUGCUGAAAAAGGCCUCAGAGCAGUUGCCCGGGAAUUCUGUGGCAGCCUGUGCAGUCUCUUCCCCAUCUCUGCCAUUGCCUGGAAUCACAUCACCCCUAAGGAACUUGGAAGACUUUGCCAGUGAUUCAGAACUUCCAAAAGUGUCCAGAAAUUGUGCUGAAAAGGAGGCAUUCCUCAAGAAAUUUCCCAAAAACCUAUCAGCCAAGAGAAAUCAUAAAGGAGAGUCUUUACUCCAUACUGCUUCUAUUGAGGGUAAUCUUUCUGCUGUUGAAUGCUUGUUGAAAAAAGGAGCUGAUCCCAACAUUAAAGACAAUGCUGGUUGGACACCACUGCAUGAAGCCUGUAAUCAUGGACAUAAGCAGAUAGUUGAAUUACUGAUAAGACACGGGGCACUGUUGAAUGUGACUGGGUAUCAGAAUGAUAUGCCACUUCACGAUGCUGCCAAGAAUGGACAUAUAGAAAUUGUGGAACUGCUGCUUUUGCAUGGAGCUUCUCGAGAUGUGGUUAAUAUAUUUGGUCACAAACCUGUGGAUUAUGCUGAAACAGAAGAGAUGAAAUCGCUUCUAAUGCAACCAGGAAAGAAUGAUUCUUCUUCAAUUAUUCAGUAUGCAGAAUGCAUAAACCUAGAUUACUGUAAAAAAGGGCCUGUUGUUCUCCUCGGAAGUGGUCUUGAUCCAGAUCAACAGCUGCUGUUAAGCAAAUUGGCCACAAUUUUGAAGGUUAGAGUAUGUACAGAGUUUAACAGUUCUGUGACACAUGUUGUUAUUCCUGAAUAUCCUGUGCAAACUACUAUGACGUACUUGCUGGCACUUUUAUCUGGAUGUUGGAUCUUGACAUUUAUGUAAAGUACAAAAAAAUGGAAAGAAGGAUAUUUAACUAAGUCAGAAUAUCAGCAGAUAGGCCGAAUUUGCCCAAGAUGAAGUCAGGAAAGCAAAAGCUCAGAGUGAACAAAGAUUUGCAAGAAAAGUCAAAUAAUUUUUAAAAGUUUCUUUCAACAGAUAAAUAACAAUUUAAAAAAAUUGAGGAAACAGUUGGUCCACUAAAGAGAGAAGAUGGCAAGGAAGUAACAGGCAGUAAGAGAAAGCAGAGGUGCUUAACUCAUUCUCUGCAUCAGUCUUCACACAAAAGAAAGUUAAGCAUAUAUCACUUAACAUUAAUGGAUUAAACUCUCCCAUGAAAAGGAGAAGACUCUUUACAAAACUGCAAAAAAAAUGGACUUAGACAUAAUUUUCCUACAAGUAGUACAUAUCAAAAGACAAUACAAUAAACUCUUAGAGUACCCCAAAAUGGGGAAAUUAUGUUCCUCGUUGACACAACAAAAGAAAAGGGGGCUGGUCUUAUACAUCAAAGAAACAAUAAGAGCCAAAUUUAUAUAUGCAGAUGAAAAAGGGAAAAUAUUGAUGGUGGAAGUAACAAUAAACCACGAACAGGUACUCUUAACAGUAAUAUAUGCACCAAACAACAAGCAAUGGGAAGCUUCAGGAGAAAAUUGCAGAAUUGGACUAUGAAAAUAUUUGUCUAAUAGAAGAUUUUAAUGCAGUCACAGAUGUAAAACUAGAUUACGGAAAUAGUAAAAUAAAUAAAAAGUCUUUCUUUAAACUGGUGGAGAAAAUGAACUUUCAAGAUAUUUGGAGAGAAAGAAAUCCGGAGAGAAACUACACAUACUACUUAAAUAGGCAUCAAUCCUGAUCAAGGAUAGACAUGGCAUGGAUGACACCAAAAAUAAGUACUAAUAUACGGGAAACAGAAAUAGAACCAAACAUAUGGGCAGACCACAACUUUGUUGUGCCUCGUCCUCCCUCCUCUCCUCAGCCGGGCCCCUCCCGUCUCCUCCCGGGCCUGCUAUCAGAUUCGGAGUCAGAUAAUGAACGGCCUGUCAUGCCUCCAACCCCCAGCCCUGGCCCCAUGCCCAGACAGGAUGUCAGGAAUGAACAAACAAACCUCACUCCUACAGCGUGUGAGCAGGGAGCCAGCCACGUGCAGAUCCAACAGCAGAUCCAGCCGAAGAGAAGUCACAGUGGGAGGAUCCCCGCUUCCGGAGAUCUGAGAGGCGACGUCAGCAGAAGGAAGGGAGGGGCAGGCCUGGAUAAGUGCUGAGUCAUGGAGCCACACCCCACAGCCUAUAUAAAGGACCAGCUUCAGUCAAGCAACUUUGAGUCAAGCAAAGUCUCAUUUAGUUUGCUGAAGUCACAACUUGGAUUCCUGUCUGCCCUGAGAAAUCUGAAAGGAAUUUGGCAAAGCUGCAGAGGCUUCGUGGCCACGCUUGAUACGGACUUCCUAGACCCGGUCGUCAGAGGGGGAGUGGGACACGACAAACUUAGUCGGGAUCAAAUGGAAAGGAUAUAAGAAAAGAAUGAGAUGGAUGUUGAAUCAAUACAUAUUAAAAGACAAGAAAUUCAUACAAACAAUAGAAAAAGAAAUUACAUUUUUCUUCAAAGAAAAUAGAAAGGAAGAGAACUCAUUACAAAACAUAUGGGACAUGGCAAAGGCAUGCUUCCGAGGACUAGCUAUUUCCUAUAUAGGAAAGAAAAAUAAAGAAAAGAAACAACAUCAAAAAAUACUGGAGGGAGAGUAUAACAGAUUAGAACUGGAAUUGCAGAAAAAACCACAAGAAAAAAAGCUCAAAAACCAAAUGGAAAUAAUAAAACACAAACUGAGUCUACUCAAAAAAGAGAAACUAGCACGUAAAAUUAAGAGUAUAAAACAAAACUUUUUUGAAAAUGCCAAUAAAUCAGGAAGAUGGUUGGCAUAUAAACUAGAAAAAAAAAGAAACAAAGUUUGAUAGACGAGAAAGGUACAUUACAAUACCAAAAUGACAGCAAAAAAUAAUAAUUCAAAACUACUAUGAAAAUCUGUACAGCCAAGAGGAAUUAUCGGAGGAUAAAAUAAAGCGAUAUCUAGAAGAGGCUGAGUUGCCCAAAGUCCCAGAAGAAAUAAGAUCUACAUUAAAUGAAAGGAUAAAAAUGUUUGAAUUAAGAGACAGAAGAAUAAUAAAACUCCAGGACCAGAUGGCCUACUGGCAGAACUCUAUAAACAAUUACGAGACUCCUUGGGACUAGUACUUCUGGAAGUUUACAAUGAAGUUUUACUAAAAGCUACAAUACCAAAAUCCUGGAUGGAAGCAAAUAUCACCCAUACCAAAAGAAGAUGCAAAUCUAUUCCAGAUCAAAAACUAUACACCCAUCUCACUCUUAAAUAUGGACUAAAAUUUAUACAUCAAUAAUAGCUGAAAGAUUGAAGAAAUUCCUGAAUGAAUUUAUGCAUUCAGAUCAGAAUGGUUUCUUGCCAAAUAGACAAAUUAAAAACAUGAGAAUAAUUUUGAACACAUUAGAAUACUAUGAAGCACAUCCAGAAAAACAAAUGGCACUGAUGUUUUUAGAUGUGCAAAAAGCAUUUGACAAUGUAAACUGGUGAUUCAUGAUACUGCAGUUAAAAUAUAUGGAAUUUGUCGAAAAUUUUAUCAAUAUGAUCAAGGCAAUAUGCACCAAACAGACUGCAAAAGUGUGAACGGGGACAGAACAGAGAAUAUCAAAAUUAAAAGAGGCACAGUACAAGGAUGUCCAUUGUCCCCGCUGUUAUUUAUUUUGAUUCUGGAAGUGUUAAAUAGAAAUAUCGGUCAAGAUACAGAAAUAAAAGGCACAGAGAUUAAAAAAGGAAAAUACAAACUACAAACCUUUGUGGAUGAUUUAAUUUUCAUCGUAGAGGAACUGAAAGAAACAGGACCCAAACUAAUAAAGAAAAUAGAAGAUUAUGGCGAUGUUGCAGGAUUGAAAAUAAAUAAAUCUUAGUUAAGAAUCUAACAAAGGAACAAAAAAAGAGAUUUAAUGGAAAAGAUAGACAUUCAGAUAGUUAAAAAAGUAAAAUAUUUGGGAAUACAUCUAUCAGCGAGAUGUGUAACCAUAAAAGAAGACAAUUAUUUAAAAUUAACACAGCAAAUUAAAUUGGAUCUGGAAAAGUGGAAAAACAUGCAAUUGUCACAGUUAGGAAGAAUAAAGAUAAAGGUUCCCCUCGCACAUAUGUGUUGGUCGUUCCCAACUCUAGGGGGUGGUGCUCAUCUCCAUUUAAAAGAGCCAGCGCUGUCAGAAGACGAUCAUGUGGCCGGCAUGACUAAAUGCCAAAGGCACACAGAACGCUGUUACCUUCCCACUAAAGGGUGUCCCUAUUUUUCUACUUGCAUUUUCUAUGUGCUUUCAAACUGCUAGGUUUGGAACAAGUAAUGGGAGCUCACCCCAUUACGCAGCACUAGGGAUUCGAACCGCUGAACUGCCAACCUUUCGAUUGACAAGCUCAGUGUCUUAGCCACUGAGCCACUGUGUCCCUGUUAGGAAGAAUAGCCGCUAUCAAAAUGAAUAUCUUAUCAAGACUGUUGUACCUGUUCCAAACAAUCCCAAUAAAGCUAGAAAGGAAAUAUGUUGAGGAAUUAAAUAGAAUGGUAACCAAAUUUAUAAGGCAAGAGAGAAAGGCAAGAAUUAGGCUGAAAUUAAUGCCAGACGCUAUCAAUAGAGGAGGUUUUGGGUUGCCAAAUGGGGAAUUAUAUUAUCAAGCAGCUGCCCUUACCUGGCUAAAGGGAUGGAUAACUCUGAGACAUAGACGGCUACUUGUAUUAGAAGGACAUGAUUUACAACUUGGAUGGCAUGCCUUUCUACAGUAUGAGAAAUACAAAGCACAUAAAUACUUUCAGGGACACUACAUUAGAAAGGUCCUACUUUCAGUAUGGACAAAUAUCAAGGAAAAAUAAUAUUUGAAAAUACCAGUCUGGGUCUCCACAAUAGAGGCACUAACAUACCUAAAUGUAAUGGAUAUGGGAAAAAUAGUGAGAUACAAAGAUAUUUUAAAUGACAAGGGGGAAUUGAAAAAUAAACAGAAUAACCAAGGGAUAAAUUUAGCAUGGUGGCCGCAUAUACAGAUUCAGUCUAGAGAUCAUAAAGAUGUUAAAACAUUUGGUUUCUAUAAAGAACCAACAGAAUUGGACCAAAUCUUAACAAGACCGGAGGAGAAACUGAUUAAAAAAUUCUAUAAUUAUUUGCUAUUAGAAUGGAAGAGGAGUAAAAGUAAAAAGUAAAAGAAACUAUGAUAGCAUGGGCUAAAAAUUUUGGAUACUCUAUAGAAUUGGACAAAUGGCAAAAGUUGUGGGACAGAAACUAUAAAUUGACAUUGUCCACUGCAUAUAAAGAAAACUUAUUCAAAAAGUUUUAUAGAUGGCACUUCCCUCCAGCAAGAUUAGCUAGAAGGUUUUAGGAUAUGUCUGCUAAGUGUUAGAAGUGCAAGCAAAUUGCUUUGAAUAUGUCUGAAAGCAAAAAAAAUACUGGUCUAAAAUAUGCACUGGGCUAGAAAAAAUGAUAAAGGAACAUAUAGAUUUAAAAGUGGAAAUAUUUCUGUUGGGGAUCAUACCAGACAAAUAUAGUAAAAGUAAUGCAUACUUAAUAUAUGUGUUAACAGCGGCCAACAUUGGAAGGGCGAGGAGAUCCCCACAGAAGAAAAGAUAAUAAAAAUUUUAGAAUGUGCAGAAAUGAAUAAACUGACAUUUGAAAUUAAGGAAAAGAAAGACACUGAAUAUUUUGAGGAAUGGGAUUUGUUCUAUCGAUGGUUAAAUAAGAGAAACAGGAAUUACAACUUCAAAAAUGAUUAAUCUUAUUAGGAUUGUUUACUGUAACUUAUAAACUUUGAUUAAUUUUGAUUAGUAUUAGCAAUUAAUAUGUAUUGAUGUUAUGAGGGACAAGCACUGUUAUUAUGAGAUUACUAUUAGCGAAUACUAUUAUCAUUACUGUGAUGCUUAUCACUCAAAAGAACUGUAACCAGAGAACACAUUGUCUAUAUGGAUUUUGAAUAUGUUGCUCUUUUUUAUUAAUAUUAAUAAAAAAUAUUUUUUUUAAAAACUCAUUCUUUGCAUCAGUCUUCACACAAAAGAAAGUAUAGCCCAACCUUCCAAAAACAUAACUGUUAAAGACAGAUUAUAAAUAAAAAUUAAGAUAUGCAAGAAAAUGGAAAGAAUACCUGUCUGACCUUGAUGAAUAUAAAUCACCGGGGCCUGAUGAAUUACAUCCCAGAGUUCUGAAGGAGCUGACAGAUGUCAUCUUGGAACCAUUGUACCAUAUAUUUCAAAAAUCCUGGAGCACUGGGGAACUACCAGAUAAUUGGCAAAGAGCUGAUGCGGUUCCCUUCUUCAAAAAAAAGUGUGGGGGGAACAGACCCAGGAAACUACAGCCUAACAUCAAUACCUGGGAAGAUUCUGGAAAAAAUAAUGAAAAAACAAAUCUGCGAACAUCCAGAAAUAAAUAAAGUUAUAACUAGUAGCCAGCACAGGUUUUUUAAAAGCAGAUCAUGCCAAACCAAUCUUAUUUCACUUUUUGACGAACUGAUUAAAUUAGUAGACCAGCAAAAUGCUGUGGACAUAGUAUACUUAGACUUCAGCAAAGCAAUUGACAAAGUAGAUCACAACCAACUUCUUAGUAAACUAGAAAAAUAUGGGAUAUAUCACCACCAGAUGGAUUUGUAACUGGCUGACAAACUCUACUCAACGAGUAGUCCUUAAUGGUACUACAUCUACAUGGAGGGAAGUAAGCAGUGGAGUACCACAAAGUUCCGUCUUAGGCCCAAUAUUCUUCAAUAUCUUCAUAAAUGACAUAGAUGAGGGAAUAGAAGGGGAACUCAUCAAAUUUGCAGAUGACGCUAAACUAACAGGAAUAGUGAACAACCCGGAAGACAAGCUCAGAAUCCAAAAAAAUCUUGACUGACUUGAACAAUGAGCCCUAUCCAACAACAUGAAAUUUAAUAUGGAGAAAAGCAGGGUUUUACACCUUGGCAGGAAAAACCAAAGGUAGAAGUACAGGCGAGGCAAAACCUGGCUCAAAAAUAGUAAUUGAGAGGGACUGUAGAGUCCUAGUGGACAAUCACUUAAACAUGAACCAGGAUUAUGAGCGGCGGCAGCCAAAAAAGCUAAUACAGUUGUUUGGUUGUAUAAACAGAGGCAUAGAAUCAAAAUCACGUGAAGUAUUAGUACCGCUUUAUAAAGACUUAGUAAGACUACACCUGGAAUACUGCAUCCAGUUUUGGUCACUACAUUACAAAAAAGAUGUUGAGACUUUGGAAAAAGUGCAAAGAGCAGCUAAGAUGAUUGGGCCUGGAGACAAAAACAUGAAAAACUGUUGCAGGAACUGGGUAUUAUUAGUCUAGAGAAAAGAAGGACUAGGGGGUGACAUGAUAGCAGUAUUCCAGUGUUUGAGGGGGUCAACUUAUUUUCCAAAGCACCAGAAGGCAAGACAAGAAACAAUGGGUAAUCAAGGAGAGAAACAACCUGGAAUUAAGGAGAAACUUCCUAAGGGGACAAUUGACUAGUGGAACAACUUGCCUUCACAAGCUUCAUCACUGGAGGUUUUUAAGAAAAGGCUGGAUUAGAAGACCUCCAAGGUCCCUUCCAGCUCUAUUCUGAUUGAUUGACUAAUUUUAUUACUUAAUUUAUUACUUAAUGACACCCAGCUGUACUUUUCCACACCGGGCCACCCCAAUGAAGCUAUCGAAGUGCUGUCCCGGUGUUUGGAAGCCGUACGGGUCUGGAUGGGGAGAAAGAGGCUCAAGCUCAAUCCCUCCAAGACUGAGUGGCUGUGGAUGCCGGCAUCCCGGUACAGUCAGCUGAGUCCUCGGCUGACUGUUGGGGGCGAGUCACUGGCCCCGAUGGAGAGGGUGCGCAAUCUGGGCGUUCUCCUGGAUGAACGGCUGUCUUUUGAAGACCAUUUGACGGCCGUCUCCAGGAGAGCUUUCCACCAGGUUCGCCUGGUGCGCCAGUUGCGCCCCUUUCUAGACCGGGAUGCCUUAUGCACGGUCACUCACGCCCUCGUGACGUCUCGCCUGGAUUACUGCAAUGCUCUCUACAUGGGGCUCCCCUUGAGGGGCAUCCGGAGGCUUCAGUUGGUCCAGAACGCGGC